UCAACUGUCCACCACUGUUAACGACUUAAAUCGCGUUCGAGACGACAUGCGCCGUGACCUGGACAAAGAGCGAAACCGAACCGCCGCCAUGGAGCAGCGUCUUAACGAGAUGAGUAAGACUCCAGGUUGUCCACGAGGGGCCCCGGGGAUGCCUGACGUAGGCGGACCUGUCGGCCCGAGCGGUCGUGACGGUCGCGAUGGGAUUCCAGGUCCUGCCGGGCCACCAGGACCUCCUGGCCCGCCCGCCUCAUCUGGGUCAUGUAGCCAACCCGGACCCCCUGGCCCACCCGGUCCCGAGGGUCCAGCCGGUCCCGAGGGCCCACCCGGUCCCGAGGGCUCACCUGGUCCCGAGGGCCCACCCGGUCCCAAGGGCUCACCCGGUCCCGAGGGCCUACCCACUCCAGAGGGCCCACCCGGAUACAACGGGUCAAAUGGCCGGGACAGACUCCCUGGACCACCAGGAAACUGUGAUUAUUCCAGUGACGCUGUCAGCCCGCAGCCAAUGAGAGGUGUAUAUCAAUCUCCAUCAACCUGUCUUUUAUUUUAG